AUGGCCCUGCAGUAUCCCACCAAGCCGUACGCGUUCGCGUUCUGCAAGAGCCUGUGUCACAUGUUCUUCGGUCUCGGCGCGUUCGAGAACGUGAUGGGGCUCGCGAUGCUGAUCAAGACGUUCGUCCUGCCGUCCAAGCCCAAGGUGUAUUAA